GCCAAUGUAAAGGAACAAAGUAUGGUACUGGGCCUUCGGUAGAGGCUGAAAUCCAAAAAGAUACAAUACAAUACAAAGGGACAGUCACAUUUCCUGACUCUGAAUUUCCAUGGAUCCUUGUUAAAAGAAACUGAGUGAAUUUACUGUUUUGAUUCAGUGGUUUAAAUUGUUAAAUUUCAAGAGGAAAGGAACACGUAUUUUCCAGACUUUUACAAUGGCGAGUACCUCGAGCGAUCAAAGCAAUAUCGCUCAAAAGACAUGGGAGAUGUCCAAUAAUAUCAGUACCGUUGAUGAGAUUUAUCGUUACGAUAGGAAAGAGCAGCAGGACAUAUUGGCUGCUAAACCAUGGGAAAAGGACCCACACUUUUUCAAAGACAUAAAAAUCUCAGCACUAGCCCUGCUGAAAAUGGUUAUGCAUGCUCGUAGCGGUGGAACAUUAGAAGUAAUGGGAUUGUUACUUGGUAAAGUAGCUGCAAACACAAUGAUCGUAAUGGAUUCAUUUGCACUGCCGGUUGAAGGUACAGAAACUAGGGUUAAUGCUCAGGCCCAAGCAUACGAGUACAUGACUGCUUAUAUAGAAGCUGCCAAACAGGUUGGAAGGCAAGAAAAUGCGAUAGGUUGGUAUCACAGUCAUCCAGGGUAUGGAUGUUGGUUAUCUGGUAUUGAUGUUUCCACUCAAAUGCUUAAUCAGAAUUUCCAAGAACCAUUUGUAGCAAUUGUUAUCGAUCCUGUAAGAACUAUUUCCGCUGGCAAAGUGUGUCUUGGUGCAUUUCGAACUUAUCCAAAGGGAUACAAACCAGCAAAUGAAGAACCUUCAGAAUACCAGACUAUACCUCUUAAUAAAAUUGAAGAUUUUGGUGUUCAUUGCAAGCAAUAUUAUUCUUUGGAGGUUUCAUAUUUCAAGUCAUCACUUGACCGUAAAUUAUUGGACUCCUUGUGGAAUAAAUAUUGGGUGAAUACGCUCAGUUCUUCGAGUCUUCUAACUAAUGCCGACUACACAACUGGGCAGAUAUUCGACUUAUCGGACAAAUUGGAACAAUCGGAAGCUACAUUACGAACAGGAGCUUUUCUUUUAGGAGGGACAGAUCCUCGUGACCGUCGCGCUGAAGAUAAAUUAGGAAAAGCUACUCGAGACAGCUGCAAAACUACCAUUGAAGUUAUUCAUGGCUUAAUGGCGCAAAUCAUUAAAGAUAGAUUGUUCAAUCAGGUUGGAGCUGGAAUGAAUGAUUCUUAAUAAUAAUAAAUAAUAUAAGACUUCUAUACCAAUUGCAUCAAGAAGGAAUUAUCUUCCCUUCACGUUAGCAUCCUUGAUCAUUAAUUUGCAAGAGAAGAAAGUUAUGAUUUGAGCAUU